GAGGUAAUCAGACACCUGUGGAGCUGGGCUUUGUAGGUCCCCUCCCAGGAAGGGAGGAACUUAAAGGGAGGCGUCCUCAGACUGGGUAGACCAGUGAGCCACAUUUUUUUCCAACCUGAAAGUUUUUUUUUUCUCACACAACAGCACACAGUGCUUCCCUGUAAAGUCAGAGACAAGUUAAAGAAGUCUAGGAACAGUUUUAGUCAUGGACUCCAGACUGUAUUACGGCACAUAGAGAACAACAGCGCACAACUUAAUGGAUAAUUCUGCUCAACUUGUCGGAACAUUUGGAAUUACUUUUAUGAAAGGCAGGUGAACUCUGCUCUCCUGUUCUCCCAGGGAGAUUACAGCAGGACAUGCCUCCAGCAGCUGAGCAACUCAACUUGCAGCGUCAUGGGAAUCUUGCAGGCACGGAGGAGAUUGAACUGCACUACUGACAACAUAGUGUACAGCCUGUAACAGUCUUUAUGUUGUAUAAUGGAAGUUUACCAUGUGCAAAAUGGUAAUGUGUCUCUAAAAAGGAGGAGCUUAGUGUUGUUAUAAUUGUCGUGCUCCUGGAGAAGGUAAAAGGAGCUGGGGAGAUUUGUCCAUACAAAGGCCUUUUGUUCCCAGCCCGCGGCAGAGGUGGAAUUGGUGCAGCUUGGAUAACUGGAGGUGGGGAGAUGAAGUUUUUGUGACAUUGGACACUUUGCCAGAGCUGCUAGCUCUUUUGGUUCGCCUCUCUUUACUCUUAGUUGGUGUGAACAAAAAUGGACAGUACAAGCAAUAACUCGGAUGGGCCAGAAAAACAGACCUCUGAUUCCAUCCUAAACAUCUUUAGCGGUUUCUUCAGUCGGGAUAGAUCUGCCUCUUCCAAUGUGGAGUCGGCAGUGCUAACAUCUUUCAAGGAGCUGUCAGAUGGAGAGAAUCCUUCUCCUGAAAGUGGUCAGACCACUAAUGGUGAGAACAAGCUACAAGGGGAGGAAGCUGUGCAUCAGGAUGAUGUGACUGCUUCCUGUAAUACAGAGCAGAGGGCUGAAUCAUUGGAAGUUAGCAAGAAGCCUGGCGAACAGGUUAAAACAGCAGCUGGAACAUCAGUUGAACCAGAUUUGGUUCAAGUUACUAGAGUGGAAACAUAUAGCGACACAGAAAAUGAGGAUGAGGAGGUGGCCACGACCAGGCAGCCAACCCUAUCCAAGGAAGACAAUAAUAAGGUGGACCAUGGUAAUGGAGACGAGCUAAAAAAUCCCAGUGGUGCAGAGGCAGACUACCAAUUGCCUGUGUUUAGAACACACAAACUUAAGGAGAGAUCUCUUGUAGAAAGUAUUCUAUAUUCAGACAGCUAUGUCAGCAGAAGUGACCCAAGAACAAUGCUGGCCUCUUCAGUUUCCAAACAGGGAGAUGACUGCAGGCCCAAGGAAAGCAAAGUCACAAUGUCUGUGGAUAUAGAAGCAUCCAAUGCUGCAGAGAAUAGUAGCAAAAUUGUGGGAACAGAUGAGAGCGAGGACUACACUGGCAUAGAUUGUUCUCUGCCUGUUCCUUCCAUCAUCUCAGGACAUGUGGCACCAGAUGCUACAGAUCAUAAUGCUGCCAUCAUGUCUCCUUUAAAGCAGAAAGAGGACUCGGAUAGGACACACGAGGAGGAGACUGUGGAGGGGACUGAGGAACCUUACCCAAGACAGGUGUCCACCUCUGUUCCCUCCAGCCCUAAGAUUUCUGAAGUCUCAGUCCAAUCAUCCUACAGUCCAGAGGAGCAGUCAGAUUCUGCAGCUAUCACAAAUCAAACCAUGUCGCUGUCAUCUGCACCCGAGAAGUCCCCAGGAGACAUUCACCCAAGCACCAGACCUGCCUCAGGGUGCACAAGUGCUGCAAAGACCCCAGACACAGACACACCACCUUCACCUUCACCUGUUGCCCCCUCUGCUAGCUCCUCCAACUCAUCCCCAUCCAGGGGUACGGCACUCUCUUCUCCCCCUUCUUUCCAGAUGCCUGCUCUCUUCAGUGGGUUACGGGUGCUGAAGAAAGGAGCAGUGGGGGAGGACAGGGAGACGAUGUCAGAGAUCAAGCAGAGGGAGAAGGAUGCUGACCUGGCUCUGCUCACCCUGAAGAAGUCAGUAAACAAAGCCAAGCUUUUCCCUGAGCAGAAGAUAGCCACUCCAGUGAAAAAACAUGCAGACCCUAAAUCCGUUGUGGAAACUAAAAGCAAUGUAAUGGGACAGCUCAAUCAGCUACUCAACCUAGAUGACCACGAUGAGACUAAAAAGUCUAAUGAUGCGUCUGAUGGCCAAAAGGAGUCUGAGAACAGUGAAGAGGUUCAGGGACAGAAAGUUCCAGUUCCACAAACCUCCACAUCCACACCCGAAAGAAAGAAAACGUCUGACCUGGCCUAUGAAACCUUCAAGAGCAUCUUUGGCCCCAAAAGUGUCAACAAGGAAAAAAUGGGAGAUGUGGAUCUGGAGGCCGUGAGAAAGAAAAUCAAGAAUGACAAGGAAAAUCUUAGGUCUAUUUUUGAGAGAGCCUCCAAAUCCCCGGGCAAGGAACUCAAAAGUCCCACAGAGACCAAUACAGAGGUCACGUCACCUACAGACAGUGAAGACCGGACUCCAGGGCGUCUGCAGGCUGUGUGGCCCCCGCCCAAACCGAAAGAUGAGGACGAGAAGGUGGGGCUCAAGUACACAGAGGCAGAGCACCAGGCUGCCCUCUUGCAGCUGAAGAGAGAGUGCAAGGAAGAGCUGGAGAGGAUGCAUUCCGACUAUGAGCUGCAGAUCUUCCAGCUGAGAGGUGAGAAUGCAGUCUCACUGUCACACCUGGAAGAAGUCAUUGCCAAGUUGCAAAGAGACAAGCAGAACAGUACAGGCCUGGAGCGGGGUGAGGUCUGCGAUGUGGCUGUGUCCACUGCAGAUGACCCAAUCCUCAAGACUUGCCGCACCGUGGGUAUCCAGACGGACAGGGAGACCUUCAUAAAGAGUCCUGAGGGUAACAGCAGCGGGCUAGCCCAAAGCCCCAACCAGAAUAUUCCUAAAAAACUCAACCUGGACUCUAUUGGUCUAAAUGUAAAAGCUGACAUGACCCCAGGGCCUCCAGGACCACCACCACCUCCUCCACCAGGCCUCUCAGGACUUCCACCACCACCGCCCCCUCCUCCUCCCUUUUUACCAGGCAACAUGGGAGCACCACCGCCACCUCCUCCUCUCCCUGGUGGUGGUCCACCUCCCCCGCCACCUCCACCUCCCCCUCCUGGCCAUGCUGGGUCUGGCCCACCUCCUCCUCCCCCUCCUCCAGGAUGUGGCCCACCACCUCCUCCCCCUAUGGGGGGCUUAAGUCUUGGCCAGAAGAUGAAGGCCCCACGGAAACCUGCCAUUGAGCCAGCCUGUCCCAUGAAACCUCUGUACUGGACCAGGAUACAGAUACAGGACAACAACAACAACACGCUGUGGGGUUCUUUGAAGGAACCGAACAUCGUCAACACUAAUGAGUUUGAGGAUCUUUUCUCCAAGGCCACGCUGCAGCCGAAGAAGAAGCCCCUGUCGGACACCUAUGAGAAGAAAACCAAAGCUAAGAAGAUUAUCAAGCUGCUGGAUGGGAAGCGUUCGCAAGCUGUUGGUAUCCUCAUUUCGAGCCUGCAUCUGGAGAUGAAGGACAUUCAGCAAGCUGUUCUUACUGUGGACAACUCUGUGGUGGAUCUGGAGACCAUUGAGGCUUUAUAUGAAAAUAGGGCCACCAGUGAUGAGAUGGACAAGAUAACGAGACAUUAUGAGAAUUCUAAAGAAGAUGAAGUUAAAUUUUUGGACAAACCUGAACAGUUUCUUUAUGAGCUCUCCCAGAUUCCUGACUUUGCGGGCCGAGCCCACUGCAUCAUCUUCCAGUCAGUGUUCCUUGAUACCAUCUCCUCUAUCCGUCGCAAGGUGGACAUCAUCUCGAAUGUCUGCAAAAAUCUGUUAGAGUGUAAUCGUUUGCGAGAUGUAUUGGGUGUCGUUCUGGCCUUUGGGAACUACAUGAACGGAGGAAACAGGACAAGAGGUCAGGCAGAUGGCUUUGGACUCGAGAUCCUCCCCAAACUAAAGGACGUUAAGAGCAGGGACAGUCGAAUGAAUCUGGUGGAUUAUGUUGUUUUAUACUAUCUGCGUAAUUUUGACAAGCAUGCUGGGACAGAAAAGAGUGUGUUUCCUCUGCUGGAGCCUCAGGAUUUUUUCCAGGCCGCUCAGGUGAAGUUUGAGGAUCUUACCAAGGACAUCAGGAAGCUGAAGAAAGAUCUGACUGCUUGCGAGAAGGACGUGCAGAAGGUGUGUGCUAACUCGUCUGAGGAAAACCUCCAGCCCUUCAAGGAGAAGAUGGAAGGAUUUAUCUCUGCUGCUCAAAAGGAGCACUCAGCUGAAGAGGACCGACUCAAUGCAGCACAGAAAAGUUUCCAGGACACUGUGAACUACUUUGGGGUGAAGCCAAAGUCUGGGGAGAAAGAAGUGGUCCCGAGUUGUGUUUUUAUGCUUUGGUACGAGUUUUGCAGUGACUUCAAGAAUGCCUGGAUACGACAAAGCAAGAUCAUCUCCAAAGAGAGGUUGAAGGAAGCUCAAGAAAACAUCAAGAAGAUCACAGCGGAGAAAAGAGUUGAAACCAAGAAGAUCAAUGCCAACAGUCUGAAAGAGAGGCUGCGGCAGAAAGAAGCCAGCGUGUCCUCCAACUGAGCAAAAUGACACAGCAGAGGAAGAGAUACAGUAGGGUUGGUAAGAAAGUUGCAGAAGAUCAGAAAGUGUGCAGGCCUCCUCUCUCCUGCAUUCGCCACCUGCCUCAACAACAGCAAACCUCCCUCUGUGCCCUGUGUGGACUCACAAUAAAACCUCACUGGACUCAUACUGGUCCCACUGCCGUUUCUCUGCCCUACUAACAACAGUGGGCAUCCCCCUGCCCAUCCCCACCCCUACUUUCCACUUCCUUCACGUUGAGCUUUUUUCUGUCAGCUGAACAGAUAAGAAGCUGGGCCUGCAGCGAGGAUUCAUGGCUGACACAGUCGAAGUGAUGAGAGUCUUAAAGGCCAAAGGUUGAUCUCAUUCCUCCAGCGCGGCGUGACCUCUGAGUGCCCAGCUUGUGAAAGGUCUCAUGGGGUCAGUGGGUUUCACAACAGUGCCAGCUGACAAAUCGACCGAGCUGAGAAACCAUUUCUGUCUGAACUGUAGAUGUUACAUCGGACAGAAGAUGGAUGAUGCUUCUACUUAUUGUUAUAUGAGCAGAUACGGCUGCCUGCAGAGCAAAAUCCCCGUUGAUGAAACAGACCUUUUUCUCUGGAAGCUGUUAAAAAAAAAAAAAAAAAGCUGUUUCAGUGUUCUUUUGCUGUAGCGAGUAGCUUUUCAUUCAUUAUGACUCAUUAAGAGUCUUGUAAAUAUGUCGUGUUGUAGAAUCGGCAGGGAUUGUGCGUUAAAUGACGAGACUUCGAGUGUAGAUGAGGACAUGUUGUGUAUAAAUGUGUGUGUGUACAAAUCAGUAUGUGGAGGAGGUUUCCCACUGUAUUGUGUAGCACUGCAACAGACUGACUUCUUAUGGGUGACGGCCAGAGAAGAGCAGAACCUGACCCCUCACACACACACACACACACACACACACACACACACACAUACAUACAUACAUACAUACAUACAUACAUACACAUACUUAAAGGAACAGUUAAAAUCAAAAAUGCAAAUUUUUCCUCUCACCUGCCGUGCUGUUUAUCCAUCUGGAUUGUUCUGGUGUUCUGGUUUUGCCAAUAUUGGCUGCAGAAAUGCCUGCCUUCUUUUGAAAACAAUGUCAACUAGAUAGUACUCAGCUUGUGGUUGGUCAAGGAACCAAAAAAAAUAAUAACAAUUUGAACACUCAAUAGCAAUGUCUCUUUCCAGAAACCAUGACCCAGUUACUCAAUAUAAUCUAGACAACUUGUCGUGAGCAGUUUUAUGUAGGUACUGUUUUCUUUAUACACGCUGUAUCACCACACAGAAACAAACGUGCAUUUACUCAUGGAUGAAAGGCUCGUGCUCGUCACAGGGUGGUAUGUAGACACUAAUGACAUCUUUCUCAAUUUAGCUGUCAUAGAAGCUCAUCCGUAACACAACAGGCAAGAGAAAAAGUCUGUAUUUUUGAUUUUAGGGUGAACCGUUCCUUUAAAAACAUCAAAUGUCUAAGCCCAAGAUAUAUUAAAUAUAUAUUAUUAAAACUUUUUAAUCCUUUAUUGAGUGCUGUGCAUCAUAUUGUGUCCAGAACACUUUUAAGCACUUUACCACUUGCUGUAGCUGUAUGUCGUAGCUAGCAAUGAGCUGAUAAGCCGCACUCCCCUGUUACGCUAACAGCGUAGCGUGCAUUUUGUUCAGAUGUCUUGCACUUUUUUGCACCUCUUUUCCUAUGCAAGGGUAUUGUUUUCUUGUUAAUAAGAUUUAUUAAUUGUAUUGCUUCAAGGGGAAAUUCUACUAAUUUUUUUUUUUAAUUUGUUAAGAAAAUAUAUUAAGCUCAGUGUUUUAAUUUAGGUAGUGUAAAUGUAACCACACUCUGUAACAUUCAAGAAGUCUAUUUAUGUAAGGAAAGACUAACUUUAUGCCAAAAAAAAAAAAAACAUCAGCUUUGUUCCCUUUGAGGCUAUAUUUUUGUUGUAAUUGACUGAGAAGCUGCCUAAUAGGUCAGUCUGAUGAAAGAUAUAUUUUCACACUGAUAUUGCUUACAUGUUGUGCCCGCUGAUUUACAGGAAAUGGAGUAAUUUUCAUAGACAGCUGCCGUUUCUGUUAUGCCGAGGAUUCUGUUUUGGGUAGAGAGAGAAUAUUUGAGCAUAUCUCCUGAAGCCAUGUGCUUUGCCAUACCUCAGACAGACUUCCAUUACCUUGAAUUGCUUUUAUACCCUCUAAAGUCUUUCACAUGUGCCAUUUAUUUUGUAUAAAAAUCAGGAUAUUUCAUAAUUUUAAACUGCUAUGUUUUACUUCAGAGGGUUUGAAAAACCAAUGAGCUGAUACUGACCAAGGAACUGCUGUAGCCUCUACUGUAUGUAUGUAUGUCAGUUCAUGUAACCUUCUCUAGCUCUCAUGUAGGUGCUCUGUAAUUUUAUGGAAUUGUUUUAAAUUUCAAGAAUAAACUACUGGAUGCCGAACAA